CUCCACCUCAUGUGUAUAUCUUUGAUUUGCAAUGAAACAGAAGCCGGGUUUCAGUCAACACGUAUUGCAAACGACGCUAGAAUAAUUUUCUUUUUGUACGAAAACACCACAGUAGAGAAAUCGUAAUGGUCGAAACAAAUGGUAUUGAACUCACCGAACAGGAGGCUGAAUUGUACGACCGACAGAUUCGUUUAUGGGGACUUGAUUCGCAGAAAAGAUUGAGAUCAGCUCGCAUUCUGAUAGCUGGUAUUAACGGACUAGGAGCUGAAAUCGCCAAAAAUAUAAUUUUGUCUGGCGUGAAAUCGGUUACUCUGUUGGAUGAUCAGAACGUUAAAGAAGAUGACUUUUGUUCACAAUUUUUGGCUCCGAGAUCAUCGUUGGGGACGAAUCGGGCUGAAGCUUCUUUGGGAAGAGCCCAGCAAUUGAAUCCGAUGGUUGAAUUGAAAGCUGAUAAAGGAGAAUUAUCGAAAAAAUCAAAUGAUUACUUCAAGAAUUUUGACGUGGUCUGCAUUAUCGCGGCACCGACACUCGAAUUGCUACGUAUUGAUGAAGCAUGCAGAGAAGCCGGAGUAAAGUUCUUUGCCGCUGAUUUAUGGGGAAUGUUUGGCUACAGUUUUGCUGAUUUGCAAGAACACAAUUUUGCCGAAGAUGUUGUAAAGCACAAGAUUGUUUCGAAACCAAAUGAAAAAACAAAAACUGAACUGGUAACAUCGACUGUUAAACGUAUUCUGAAGUAUCCAGCUUUUCAAGCGUUGUUGGAUUUCGAUUAUAAGGCCCAGUCAUAUGCUCGCAAGCUGAAGCGCUCUGGGCCGGCACUUCCAUUACUACGAGUGCUGCAGAAAUUUCGUGAUGAUGAAAAUCGCGAUCCACUAUAUUCCGAUCGUGAUGCAGACCUUCUAAAACUGAUGAAGAUACGCGAUGAAAUUGCAGCUGAACUGAUUCCUAAUUCGGCUCUCACGCACUUGUUCGCACAAAUUUCGCCAGCGGCUGCAAUCGUUGGAGGUGCUGUCGCACAUGAAAUCAUAAAAACCGUCUCCCAGAAAGAAGCACCCCAUCACAACGUGUUCCUGUUCGAUCCCGAAAGUUGCUGCGGAUUUAUCGAAUCAAUUGGUACGGAUGCCCUAAAAAAUAAUUGAAAGAAAUUAAUUUAAGACUAUCGAUAUAACAAUCGGGAUGUAAUCAUCAAAUAAAGCGUAAUCUACCUUCUAA